AGUUUGGCGGCAAUACGACACCGUUUGCAAAAACUGAUCUAACAUUUCAUGGUUCUCUCGGAAUAUCCCCAGAAAGUCACCUAGUCACUCUUUCUCUGUGCAACUCUUCUCUUGCAAUUUUGUUCCCCAAAAACGCUAAAAUGAGUGAUGUAUCAGCAGAAAAACCGGAAGAGGAUUUGUGGGAACGAGCCAAGAAAGCUGCAGACGAUCUCUACGAAAUCAAAGAAACGUUUUUUCCUCAAAACCCGGAUGACAAAGUCGCCAGAUUGCAAAAUGAAUCCGAUCUCACUCUUAAACUCCUCGAUUCCAUCCCUCCUGAACAAAGGAAGUCACCUUUAAAGCGUGGGACAUAUGAAUAUCUAAGAGGAAAGAUAUUGGAUGUUGUACCUGAAUACAGGAAAGAGGCAGAGGAUCAUCUCUCAAAAGCUGUGAAGUUGAAUCCUGCUCUUACGGAUGCUUGGCUAUGCUUGGGUGUUAGCAUUUGGAAGAAGGGAGAUCUGCCAGCUGCUAAAAACUGCUUCAAUCUGGCAUUAAGCAAGGGUCCAAAUAAGAGAAUUCUUUGUCAGUUAUCAAUGCUUGAAAGAAGUUUGGCUCAAGGUUCUGAGAAUCGGAUGGAAAUUGUCGAAGAAAGUAUUCAACAUGCUAAAGAAGCUAUCGCAUUGGAUGUCAAGGAUGGAAAUUCUUGGUACAACCUUGGAAAUGCAUGCCUCACGAGUUUCUUUGUGACUGGAUCUUGGGAUCACCACAAACUUUUGCAAUCUUUAAAAGCCUACCAAAAUGCUGAGAAAGAUGAAAAAAUGAAGUCCAAUCCCGACUUGUAUUUUAACUGUGCCACUGUAGACACAUAUUUAGAGAAUUAUGAGAGGGCACUUAGGGGGUUUGAAGCUGCUGCCUUAAAGGAUCCUAGUCUUAAUGCUGCUGAGGAGGUCCAAAAGAUGGUUAAUCUUCUAGAUAAGAUAGAGAAUCUAUUGAAGGUACAUGCUAGAGGCAAACGACUUGCAUCUUGGGCAUCAUCUCUUACUGCUGUGAAGUUGAAUUCUUCUCAUAAAAUAGUCACGGUGGAUAUGCUUUCGGAUGGUCUGAACAGAGUUGCAGUAGUUGGAAAAGUGCUAUUCUUUGUGAAUUAUCAGAAUGUCACUCCCCUAUGCUAUUUGGUUUGUGAUUCAAAUCAGACAUGCUUUGUUCUAUCUGUGUACAGUCUGCGUGAUAAUGUGAUUAAAGAAGGAGAUCAAGUAACGCUAUUGCAACCUUAUUACCAUCAUCACGUUUUUUCUUGGAAAGGAAAGAGUUACGACUUCAAGUCAAUUCGCGUGGAUUUCGUGGAGCAAAUGGUUUUGAACGGAAAAGCCCUCUCACCUCAACAAGAACUUCGUUCAUCAAUCUUUGCGCAACUCAAACCAUGAAAGUUGCCUCAAGUCAGCUCGGCUGUUGCAGUAUUCUGUGAUUGUGGGUGUUCAGCUUUGUCAUUGCAGCGUUUUGGUUGACUGCCAAAAGAGAUACAUAUCAUAUUGUAUUGUACCGCUACUCUUUGCAGUCCUAAUGCACAUGUGGGGUAAUUGGGCUCUAGCGUUGAGUGCAAACACAUGCUACAAAUAGGAUUGAAUCUGCAUCAAACCAGUUCAGCUCAAUUCGAAUUUAAACUUCGGUUCAGCAGCCUGGCUUGAAUCUUUCUCCAUCUAUACUAUUUAUUGGUCAGUGACACUAUUGUUUUUCAUUAAAGUAAAAUAAACUUUUGUAUUAUGCAUAAAA